CAACGGAGGCAGGGUUUCAGACGACACCAACUCACACCGGGCAGGACGUCACUGGCUGCCGAAGCACUUUGGGAACUGUAGUUUAAAAUUUCCAUGAAGCGAACAAAGGGGAAAGUAAGAGAGAGACUACAUGAGCCAGAAGGCACUGCGCGGUUUGCGCAGGCGCGCCCUUCUGAUGAUGACACUGACAAAGCUGAGUAUGGAGGCAGUUUUGGCUAAGUGUGAGAACCAAAUACCGGGCUUUUCUGAGCUACUUGAGGACUUUCCAGAUACCGAAGAGCCUAUAUGGAUUCUGGGGAAAAAAUAUCACUUGAAAACAGAAAGAUCUGAACUCCUGUCUGAUAUCAAGUCAAGGUUAUGGUUUACAUAUAGGAAAAAAUUCUCCCCAAUUGGGGGGACUGGUCCUUCUUCCGAUACUGGCUGGGGGUGUAUGUUACGCUGUGGGCAGAUGAUCCUCGCACAAGCAUUGAUAUGCAAGCACCUUGGGAUAGAUUGGCGAUGGGAGAAAGGCAAAUGGCAGCCGGAGCCUUAUUACCGGAUUCUGCAGUGUUUUCUGGACAGAAAGGAUAGUUGUUACUCGAUUCAUCAAAUGGCUCAGAUGGGAGUGGGAGAGGGCAAAUCUGUAGGGGAAUGGUAUGGACCCAAUACAGUGGCUCAAGUACUCAAAAAGCUUACGUUAUUUGAUGACUGGAAUGCACUGGCAGUUUACAUUUCCAUGGACAAUACUGUGGUUAUUGAAGAUAUCAAAAAACUGUGCAAACAUUGGUCUGAGAAUUGCAGGUUACAAACUGAUACCUCUCUGUACAGAGGUGAUGUGCCCAAAACCCAGACUGUGUCUGCGCACCGUAAGGACUGGAAACCACUUUUACUGAUUAUACCUCUCCGUAUGGGAAUAAACCACAUCAAUCCCGUUUACAUCAACGCAUUAAAGGAGUGUUUUAAGAUGCCUCAGUCUUUAGGAGUUUUAGGUGGAAAACCAAACAAUGCUUAUUAUUUUAUAGGAUUUCUUGGAGAUGAAUUAAUCUAUCUGGACCCCCAUACAACUCAACCUGCAGUAGACACAGAGGAUGAUGGAAGUCUGGAUGACUAUAGCUAUCAUUGCCACCGAACGCCACGUCGUAUGAAAAUUACACAUCUUGACCCUUCAGUAGCUUUAGGAUUUUUUUGCAACACUGAAAGGGAUUUUGAAAACUGGUGUAAUUCCGUACAGAAGGAAAUCCUGAAGACACAAAGUUCCCGGAUGUUUGAACUGGUCGAGAAGCAUCCAGCUCAUUGGCCCCCAUUCAUUCCUGCAACCAAACCUGAAGUACAGACCACAGGCGCAGAGUUUGUGGAGCCAGCUGAUAAAAUGUUUGAAUCAGAGGAAGAAUUUGAAAUCCUGAAUGUCUGAAGCAGAUGGUCAGACUCCCUCCAUGCAUCAAACUUUGUUGCCGAGUGGCAGUCAGCAGCAGAGACUCUCCACUGUUUCUACCAAUCGAGCAGCCUUUUUAACAAGUGCCUGAUUUCAUAUGGAUAGAAAAAACUUUGCAACAUGAACGAAGAUAAUGAAAUAACUUUCGUUUAAUGAGCAGGUUCCCUGCUUAGUAGUUUACUUCCAAACUAUUGUCUUUAACUUUCCUUUGAGCAAAACAAGGAAAGUCCAACUUUUCCAAAGAAUGGAUCCACUUCAUUUUCAGGGAUCUAAUAGAAACACGCGUUAAUUAAACAAAGUUCUUGAGAGGAUUUGAUGUUAUGGGGCAGGACGAUAUUGAGAAAAAGAUCAAUGCAUCUCAGUUGCAGAGGACUUCUGAUACAGAAAGAUUAUAAUACAAUGCAGUUCUUGCUGCAUAUUUAUGAUAUCAGCAUCAUGUAGAUAUCCGGAGGCCAUCGCACUCUUCAACAGAUGAGAUUUUUCCCCUUCUUUACGCAACUGUAUGCUGGACUGCAUGCUUCAUAUUGUAACAAGGACUCUCUUUAAUACUGUAUCCUCAUUGAAGUCUUCUGAAUUUUUAAAUCUAAGUUGAAGAACCUAAGAAGAGUAAUUCUGUUAAUUAAUUUUCAGUAUUACUGUAUGUAACUCUGUAUAUAAUAUAAUCCACUUUUGGUCAGAUAUGUACUUAUUCUGCAUUUACAAUGUAUUUAUAGCACCCCAUCCAAUAUUUUACACACUCCAUUAUUGUUCAUUUGUUUGAUAGUCCCAAAAUACUCAAUACAAUUUUUAAUGUAAUACACAGUCAUGCAAUGUUCUUAUGUACUGUAUCAGUGUUAAUUUUGAACUCCCCAAAAAAAGUUUGUUUGGUUAUUGUUAACUUUGAAAUAUAAAAAGGACAGUAAAGCACUGUACAGUACGAAAAUGUAUUUAAGAUAAAAUUAAUGCAUGUAUAAAAUAUGACAUCCAAGAGCUGUAUGCCAGCUUGAAAAUUGUGAUUUUCUUUUAAAAAGAUACUCCUCAUUUAGCUGUUGAGAAUUUUAGAUAACAAUAUCAACUUCUUCUCACGUUAGCAUAGCGUGUCCUGCCCCACAAGACUAGCUCUUUUGUUGCGGCUAGUGCACAGCUGGACUAGUGAGAAAACACUGAGCUUGUAUGGAUAAUGCUGGACUUAAAACACUACCCUUUAGGACCUCAACCUCUGUGCUUAGUAGCUUCUUAAGUUCUCAAUCAACCUUACUAGAAAAAUUCUGAGUGUAAUAUAAAUUAUACUAAUUUUUAAUAAAAUAGAGCUUGAAAUCUU